AGCGAUGCGCACCAUACUUGCCCUCACGCACCUGUGAACGACCGGCUCCUCUUCAGCUAUGUCAGUGGCUGGAACACAGCAUGAUCUAGAGCAGCCUGUUACAGGUCCGCUAGGCAAUGAAUCCGAAACUUUUGAACGGCAGGUUCUUGAGCAGCUUACGCACAUCUCGCCAUCUUCGCCUGUGCCUGUGAUAGCUGUAGACUUGGACGAUGUUCUGGCUCAGACGAACCAUGCUGUUGCAGACUGGCACAAUGAGGUUUACGGGACUAGAAUGGAUGUUUCCCAUUUUUACUACUAUUACUACUGGAAGAAUCCAUUUUGGGGAACGCCCAGGCAGACAUUCGAUAAAGUAAAGGCAUUCUAUCAGACCUCCAGGAUCUUUCAAAUAGAUCCAGUGCCAGGUGCUCGAGAGGGUACCCUGUUUCUAAAGGACACGGGAUUCAAGUUGAUUGUCGUGACUGCACGCGCACCCGACACGGCCGACGAAAGCUGGACAUGGGUUAAUCAACAUUUUCCAGGCGUAUUCGACAGUAUCAUCUGUACUGGUCAGUUCAAGGAUGCUCAUAAAACUGGCCAUGAGGUCGUCACCAAGCUCAGCAAGGCCCAAGUCUGCGCUGAUUUAAAUGCUCGGAUUUUGAUUGAUGAUUCGUCGGAGAAUGCCCUUCAGUGUGCCACAGCAGUGCCUGUUGCGACUCGUGUUCUGCUGUUCGGAGACUAUGAAUGGAAUAAGAGAAUUUCGGGGCCUGGAGAUGCCUCUGAUGAUAUGAGUUUUGACAUACGUCUAGAAUCUCAUGGAGGGAAAGAAUUCUGGAAAGAGGAGACUGUAGAUAUACCGGAAGGUGCUCCCCUUGAACGGGUGAAAGACUGGUCAGAGGUGGUUAGAUGGGUCAAGGUGCACAUGGAUACCCUACAGUAGACUCGAGCUUAAGAUGUAACAGGUUUAUCUGCUGCAAAGUAACUCAUUUCGAAUUUCGCAAUUUGGAAAAAAUUGCAAUGUGUACGUUGAUUUCGUUUCCUCACAAGUAAGCUGAAGUGAGAGCUGAGGCCUGCCUGAGGAACAAGCUGAGGCAAGAUUGUU